UCUGUUUUUUUGAGUCAUAAAUUUCUUUGCAUAUUUUGUGCCUUAGCCUCAGCACAGGGUCAUUGGGUCCUCCUUUUAUCACACAAUCAUCUUCAUCAUUAGCAUUAGCUUUAGCACACCCCCCACCCUUCCAUUUGCUCUUCAAAAAAGGGUGAAUGCAUUGAGUGUAUCUGUCAAGCAAGUGGAUUCUAAAAGACUUGUGACAAAUAAGCUUCAUAUGUAGUUUGAGCUUCUUGGUUAUUAUCAUUAUUUUACUAGCCAUCUAUGGCAAGAAAAUCUCAAAAAGGUCCUCCUACAGUUGAACCGAACCAGUUCGGAUGUGUGUGGAAUUUUAGUGGUAUGUUUGACCAUCACCAUGAUCGCCAUCACCGAAAACUCUUGUCUGAUGAGAGCCAUGGGAGAAAAAGUCUUCCAGGAACAGGACAUGCAAGAAGCCAAGUACGAAUGCUGACAUUCGAUGAACAACUUAGAUGCCUCAAUAUUGAAUCGAAGAAGAAAAACACAAAGGUGAACCAUUCUUUAGAAGGAGACACAUGUUCUUCAGAUCUCACGGGAAAGAAUGACGAGAUACAAAAAAAUUACAUGGAUAAAUCUUUCUGGAAAAAGAUAAAAUCUAGAUAUGAAAGCCCGAAUAAGAAAAAGGAAAGUCCAAAUGUAGAUACAAUCGUGGUUUUGAAACCUAGUCGCCGUUUGAUAGAUUGUCCGGUUGAUGUAGGAUGUAAUUGCUCAUAUUUACAUCCUCAUAUGAGCUCAACAACUAAGCAACAAAUAAUUAAACACACUCAUGUGUCGUUUAAUGAUGUUAGGAAAAAAUUGAAAAUUGCAAAAAAGUUGAAAAACAAUCAAAAGAUGAAAUCUAUCGAGGCUUCUGAAGGUAGUGACAGUAUUAAAAUUACUUCAAAUAUGGAGAAACCGUCUAUUGUACCAUUCUCAAAGAAACAGGAACCUGAAGUAUUUAUAGAAGCAAGAAAACACCUAGCUGAAAGAUUAAGGCAAGUUGCGAUUGGUGCGGUUGAACCUUCUGGUUCUUCAAGUAAACGAGUGUCAAGAACAUUGGAAAGGGUACUACUCUCGUCUCCUAUACACGAGUCAAUGACUUCUUUUGACCGUGCACUAGAAAGAGUUGACCGAAACCAUAUUUUGGACAUGAGAUCAAACCCAAACAGCAUGGAUCUGAUGGUAGUGGACGGGUGCUUCAGAGGACCGCAACCGGAUUUCUCAUUGGAUGUUUCUUCACCGAAAGCUAGUUGCAAAUUGACUGAUUUGGAUAACGAUCAAUUCAGAGAGAAUCCAAGCCCAGUGUCUGUUCUUGAUUCCUAUUUCACAGAGAACAUUUGCAGUCCCACGAGCACCAUUGAAUCUGUUGAACUUCAAACUCAACCACAUCGUCUAGAUUUUGAAGAAAACUCGUCACAAACUUCAUCUCCGCCACAUGGGAAAACCAGUUUAAGCUCAUUCAUGAAUGAUAGGGGAUUCAUUUCCUCAUAUGUUAACGAUAUCUAUGAAAGUUCUCAGUCAAACUGGGAGGACUUUGUAAACGCGGAUUAUCCGUUGGACUCAUCAUGUGAGCAUAAACUCCUGCAUGAUUGUGUCAAGGAAGUGUUGGUCAGUUUACACUCAAGAAUAACAUUUGUUAGCUCAAAGAUUCGACCUUUUUCAUUGGAAAAAGAUGUGUUUGAUGAGGUUCUUGACCAAGUUGACUGGCAUAACGGUCAACCCAUGAUUACACGGACGCUAGAUAUUCUUGUCAGGAGAGAUAUAGCAAAAUGUGGAGAGUGGGAAGAUGUUAUAUCGGAUAGAAAUGAUAUUGUGUUUGAACUUGUAGAUGACGCUCUUCAAGGGUUGAUUAUAGAGGCUAUUUCCGACAUUCUUGUUUGAAGCAUGACUUGCCAUUUGACUGGCUGGUCUUGCUUCAAGGCAUGGUGCCAUGGUUCACGUCUCACAAACUCGUGCAGGUCUAGCUUGAGCAGAACCACAACGUCGGCUAGCGAUUUAUGUGUUAGUAUUAUAGAGAAAAGUUAUAGUUAUUGUAGUUUGUUGGUCAUUUUUUGUGGGAUACAAGACUUCUAUGUAUAAAGCAUAUAUAUAACAGGGUCGAAAUAUUUAUUGAAUAAGAAAUAGGCUUUGUGCUUCA